AGGGAUAAAGACUCUACGACUCACCACCAGCCAUUAUUGAGCAGCCUUGUUGUCCGGGCUUCGAAUAGUGACGGAGGUGGUGGCGGAGUCGGUGGAACCAGUGGCGGCCGCGUUGGUCGUGGAAGUGAUUACGAGGCCGCUCUGUGUUGCCGCCUGCAAGAAAUUAAAUCUUGAGGAGGGCAUUGGGUAAAUGCAGUCUCAGAUCAUGAUCUUGGGAAUUGCUCUUUUUUCCAUGUAAAGACAAUAUAAUUUUGGGGUUAUAAUUUGUGCAAGGAAUUUGGGUUGCUGAGUGGAGAGCUAUCGUAUCUAUCGUUGUCAUUUUGGGAUGUUAUGGUGUUGGGCUUGGUUGGAGUAAGAUGUGUUAUAAUACCAAUCAUAAUCAAAUCAUGGUGAGGUGAGGGUUUUCUCUUAUGAAAUUGAAGGUGAUCAAAUAACAAGUCAUAGAAGUGUUGUUGCCCUGCCUUGUUGAGACUAUUGGUAUGAUCUCUAAAUGAACUUAAAGGUGCUUGACUUUGGAUCUCCAAGAAAUGAACUUAAAAGUGGGAUUUUUCAUUGUCUAGAUUUCCAUCCAAGGGGUAAGAUUACCAAUCAUAACUGAAUCAUGGUGUGGUGAGGGUUUUCUUUUAUGAAAUUGGAGGUGAUAAAAUUACAAGUUGUAGAAGUGUUGCUGUCCUGCCUUGUUGAGACUAUUGGUAAAUGAACUUAAAGGUGCUUGACCUUGGCUUUCUGCAAGAAACGAACGUAAAGUUGGGAAUUUUCAUUGUCUAGAUUUUCAUCCAAGGGGUAAUAUUAUUCUCAUGGAACAGACUUUGAUUGGGUUGUAUUGGUUGGUUAAGGGUCAUCUGGAUUAUGUGUAGCAAUUUCUUGAUCUAUUUUUUCAGGUUCAUUAAGGGGGUUGAUUUGCGGGAAAGUAUGGGAUCUCCACAUUUUAUUUGUACCUCAUCCUGCAAAUUAGGUGUUGUUUCAAUUUAAUAUAUUGUAUAUGGUAGUGUGAAUUGGUAUAGCAAUGACAGCCCAGUGGCCUAACAGUUGGAUUAACUGCAUUCCUCUCAUCCUAAACUCUUACAAAUUUUGUCAUGGUCAAUGACUGAAGGUAUCAUUGGUCAUUUCUACAGGAUGUGGCUAGCCCACUAGAUUGUGCAGAAAACUGUUCUUGUGGUAUGCAUUGAUAUCCAUCAGUAUGUUUCAGAAAGCUGUAGAGGAACUAUUGUGACCAUGGGUGUCAUUCUCUAAUCUGGCUUUUGGAUACUUCAAUUUAUGUGGGUUUUUUUUUAUGACAGUUUAUUUCCUGUGAGCUUUUUGGCAUGGUCUUGCUGAUCCUCCCAGGUGUCAUUCGACCGCAGAAUUCUGUAUACUGGCUUGGGUUGGUUAAUGCUGUGAGAUCAUUUUGAUUCUAGCUUGUAUGUGUGCAUUUAAAAUUGGGCUAUUGGUGGACGUCCUUCCUCAUUGCCAGGACAUCAGCACAGAGUUUUUGUUUCUUCAAGGCUUGUGGUUUUGGGUGCAAUGCUGGGUUCAUGGAAAAUUGGAAAUAGAUUAUUUAUAGGCUAUGGCUGUGGAUUUACAUGUACUAACAUUGCACAUGUGGAAAACAGGACAUGUGUGCAUCGCAAGUAGCCAUGGUUUUGCUAUCUUAUUUGCUUCUGUUAAAAUUUCUCAUGAUAUGGGUGGUAACAUAUUGAACCUACACAAGCAGUUAUCAUCAGAACUUUCUCUCUUGUCUGCAUCUUUGCACUUUCUUUUGUCUGUUCACAGAGGAGAUGCCAACAACGAAUGGCAAUGGUUGUCAAUUUUUUUGGUUGGUCAUUUUGCAGUUGUUUCAGGGAAAAUCUAUGGAGAUAUAUGGUUGUUGUACUGCGAAUGAUUUCCCCAUACAGCCUGUUACUUUUCUUAAUAUCUUAUAAACCCACUACCUUCUUUAUUUCAGGAUAUAGAAUACAUGCAGGUUCAGUUUCUCCAACACGACGUCGAGAUGUUCACCGAUAUAUUUCUGAUUUUGAUCAUUCUGGUAAUCUCACUCGCGGUCGUGAUUUUGGUGGUGGGAGGGAUCUUGGUAGAUAUCGAGAUACUUCACCUCAUUACAGUCGAAGAAUAAGUGGUGGCAGGCCAUUUGGGAGAGGUGUUGAUGGCCCUGCUCCUGGGCCAUUUCGAGGGGAACGUAGUAAAAAUAAUCCAAAUGUGCGUCCUAGGGAUGGGGAUUGGUAUUGCUCAGAUCCUCUAUGUGACAACCUAAACUUUGCAAGACGAGAAUUUUGUAACAACUGCAACAGACCCCGCAAUGGAGCCAGUGGAAGUCCUCGAAGAGGCUAUGUUGGUCCACCAUCCCUGCAUUCUCCUCCCAGACGCUUUGCUGCUCACCCAAUUGAACGUUCUCCCGGCAGGACUCUUAAUGAAUAUAGGUCUCCUCCCCGUAGUUGGGCCAGGGAUGGUCCUAGGGAGAUUGCAGCUGGUGGUCUGGCACCUCCGAGGUAUGAAAGCAGGUAUUCUGAUCACCUGCGGAGAGAUAGGGUGGACUAUCUAGAUGACAGCUUCAGAGGAAGAUCCAAGUUCGACAGGCCACUUCCUUCGGCAGAUUGGGCCCUUAGAGACAAUGGAAGGGAUGACUUCAUCUCAGAGAGGAAGGGAUUUGAAAGAAGGCCACCAUCCCCCCCACCACUGUCAUUGCUUCCUCAGCGUGGACGCUGGGCGCGUGAUGUGAGAGAGAGGAGCCGUUCCCCAAUCAGAGGUCCUGUCAGAUCUCCAUUGAGAGUCCCGCUACGGUCUCCAUUAAGUAGCGGCCUUCCACCAAAAGACUUCCGUAGAGAUGUUUUCGUUGAAAGGGAGCGGGAUGAUAGGCGUGGCCUAGGACGAGAUCGUGAUGGAGGUCCAUUUUAGUGUUGAAACUUUUGCGAUUUUCAUGUUGCUUUCCCAUGUAAUUUUUUGUUAGUACAUCAGCACUCUGUAAUCUGUGUUUAGAGCCGUGGAAAGAGGAUGUUAAGAAGAGCUUGCUUGACUUUUCCUGACUGGUCCAGUGUGUUGAAACUAGGUGAUGGGGUCGUUUAUCUGCCUCGUGUGUUUCGUGUUUCUUAUCAUUUUAUGUAGUUAGCAGCCAAGCAGAAUUAGUGAAGCAAAUGCUUUUAAUAUUCAGUGUCUGUAAACUUUGCCAUCUUUGGUUUUGUUGGUUUGUCGGCUUCUGGGCAAUAGUUUCGAAUCAUCAUUAUCCUUGCAUAGAUUUGGAUUU